UGUGCAGCCCCUGGUGUUGAGCUCUGCCGUCGGUUAAGUGCAGUGGCCAUAUUUGUUGAUGUGUCACCGCAACAGGAGCUAACAGAAGGAAGGUGGACAACACGCCGUGUUCUGACUACUUUUUUAACAGUCCUACUGAAUGGACCUUACAUAAAGGGUGUGGCGUUUUAGGAGAGCAUGGAGCAGUGUGACUGUCAGGGAGAGCAGCACCCCACUCCCGAACCUCAUCACGGCACAGACGUCAGCACAGAAUACACAGGGUCAUCACCAGUCAUCAGAGAUGGUCCUGAAGAGGAACUGAAAGGUGUGGAGGAGGAUGUUGAACAGGAAGCUGAACAGGACAGUGUGUUGGACAGCAUUCAGUCUGAUGGUGCUGAAAGGGUGGAGCUGAUGCUGGACCUUCCCACACCAGACCAAGAAGGAGCGACUGCAGAGGACGGACAAGGGGAUGGCAACAGCAGCUGUGACAGUGGAACCUCCUCCAUAGAUGAUAGCAGGAGUCCUCCAGCUAUUCCUAAUGGACCUGUAGAGACAGUACCUGCUGUUCUGGAUGGGUUAGAAGAGGAUUUGCUUCCUGCCAGUCAUCCUGAGGACCAAAAAAUGACCUCUUCUUGUGUUCCAGACGAUCCAAAAGAAUCUUGUGAGUCGAACAAUACGCCUUCACAUGAAGUAAGUCCAUCAGGGGAUGCUGCCAAACCUCAAAGUCUAAGCAGUCAAACUGGCAAAGUGACAAACACUGAUUCAGCAGUUUCGCCACAACAUGAGACUAAUCACAUAAACUCAGUCUCCAGUGCUAAUCUGUACGAUACAGACUGUAGCAGGAAGCUAAUGUCUGAGAUCCAGCGCUCUGUGUCUCAGGAGUCUCUUCUGGAUGAGCUGGAGUCAGAGCUGCUGAACUUCCAGGUACGUGAGCAAGGCAGCAGCAGAGCGAGCCCUCCGAAUGGUCUGCUCAAGGAUCCAGGCUCCAUGGUUGUGUUCGAGAAGUGUGUCCAGUACAAAUACUCGCAACAGGAAAAGGCCAUCAAAAGGUUGCUGGAUGAGAAUAAGAAACACCAGGAGUUGAUUCUGGGCAUCUGCUCUGAGAAAGACAGCAUGAGAGAUGAGCUUAAGAGGAGGAUGGAAACUGAGAAACAACAUCUUUGCACUAUAAAGAAGUUUGAGAGCAGGGUGGAGCAACUAUUGAAGGAGCUAAAAGAAUCCAAGGACAAACUGGUUCACCAGGACCAGGCGGCUAAAAACACCGUUCAACAGAUGCAGAGGGACAUGUCCUACCGCCUUGAGCAGGCUGGUAAGAAGUGUGAGGAGGCACGCCAGGAGAAGGAAGCCAUGGUUAUGAAGUAUGUUCGAGGGGAAAAAGAGGCACUGGACCUCCGUAGGGAAAAGGAGCAAUUGGAGAGAAAGCUCAGAGAGGCAACAUCAGAGGUGGACAAGCAGGCCAAGAGGGGGAACCAGUUUGCUCAGGAGAAAGCACGACUUCAGCAGCUACAUGAUGCCAAAGAGAAUGAGAUAAGUAGGCUGUCUCGUGAACUGGAAAAGCUCAAAGAUGAGAUCAACUCUCAUAUCAUCAAAGUGAAAUGGGCCCAGAACAAAUUAAAGAGUGAGACAGAUGCUCAUAAGGAAACAAAAGACAAGUUAAAAGAAACGACUGCCAAGCUGACCCAGGCAAAAGAGGAGACCGAACAGAUCCGCAAGAAUUGCCAAGACAUGAUUCGUACAUAUCAGGAGUCAGAGGAAAUUAAGUCUAAUGAAUUAGAUGCAAAGCUGCGGGAGACAAAGGGGGAGCUGGAGAAGCACAAGCAGGAACAGACAGAUCAGUUGGAGAUGCAUCGAGCCAAGAUUAAGGAGCUGGAGGAUCUAAAGAGGAGCUUCAAAGAAGGCAUGGAUGAGCUUACCACUCUUAGAACCAAGGUAAAAUGUCUGGAGGACGAAAGGCCUCGAUGGGAAGAUGAGCUGUGUAAAUACAGAGAGAUCAUUAACAGACAGAAGUCUGAGAUCCAGAAGCAGCGAGAGAAGCUGGGGGACAUCCAGAGAUUAGAAGAACAGCAUCAGAGAGAUGAGCAGGAGAUAAUGUCUUUGAAGGAGGAGGUAGAGAGUCUGAACUUACAGAUCACAGACCUACACAAAGAUGUUCAGGGUGGCCGAGUGCGAGAGGCUGAGCUGCUGUCCUUCACAGAGAAAAUGACGAGUAAGAAUGCUCAGCUGCAGUCUGAGAGCAAUGGCCUGCAGACUCAGCUGGACCGCAUGACCACUAGCUCCAGGGAGCUGCAGAACAGACUGGAGGAGACUGAGAGGGCCCUGGCAGAUAUGACAGCGAGGCUGAAGAGAGAGGAACAGCGAAUGCACGAUGAAGUCCAGGCUCUACAGACAGAGCGAUCUGCAUUGCAAACAGAGACUGCACAGCUGAAGACGAGAGUAGAGGAGCUGAGAGAUGAGCUGGUUACACAGAAAAGAAAGCAAGCAGCCAACAUCAAGGAUCUAACAAAGCAGCUCACACAAGCACGUAAGAAGCUGGAACAGGUGGAAAAUGGAGGAUGUGAUCGGGAGGGCAGCAGCAUGGGCAGUCGCUCCAGCUCCUCAGGCUCUCUCAAUGCUCGAGGCAGCAGUAUGGACGAUCGUUCUCCUGAGAACCAGUCAGGUUCCUCUGUGGUGGUCGUGGACAGCUUUCCAGAGGUGGACAAGGCCGUGUUGGUGGAACGCAUCGUGCGGCUGCAGAAAGCCCAUGCACGCAAGAAUGAGAAAAUCGAAUUCUUGGAGGACCACAUCAAGCAGCUUGUGGAGGAGAUCAGGAAAAAGACGAAAAUUAUCCAGAGCUAUGUGCUGAGGGAGGAGUCUGGAGCACUCUCAUCCGAGGCAUCAGAUUUCAACAAAGCCCACCUGAGUAAGAGAGGGGGCAUCAUGGCCUCUUUGUAUACAUCACACCCUGCUGACAGUGGACUCACUUUGGACCUCUCGCUGGAAAUCAACAGGAAGCUCCAGGCAGUGCUGGAGGACACGCUGCUCAAGAACAUCACGCUGAAGGAGAAUCUCCAGACCUUGGGUUCAGAGAUUGAGAGAUUGAUUCAGCAACAGCGGCCAGUUGAACCCGGCGUCAGGAGAAAAUGACAGUAGCGCUCUCAGCAGAGUCGCUACAGGACAUGACAAAUGUGGAAGUUUACAGGCAUUCAGGUGCUCUGAAGGACCAGGGUUUGUUGUUAAACCCAGGAGAGGCUGUCAGGAAAAGAAAACGCACAUCGAGACAUGCUCCCAUUCUGUGACAAACUGGGAAAGAAGAAAGGCAUACCACAGAUUGAGUGACCUCUUGAAGGACUUGAGAUUUCUCCACCUGCUUGGUGUCAGACUGUCCUAGCGUCAUCACUCAACUGUCUGGUGUCAGUUGCUCCAUUGAAUGUAUCUACUGUACCUGCUCUCCAAAGUUCAUAAAAGAAUUGCACACUUUCAACCCAGUGAUUUGUAAAUGUAUGAAAACCUGGAUAAUGAAUUAAUUAAUGAUUGAGCACACAUACGCACACACACAUAUAUUCGAUGAAGGUACCUCCACUUUCCUCUAAAGAGUUUGACCCUAAUAAUUGAGGAAAAGAGGCUUCAGCGGUUAAUGGUGCAUUUUCGAAACCGAGGACAUCUUCAGACCUGCUCAGAAUCAUUAUCUUGCUGCAUAAAGGACACUGCUUCUUUUUCUGGCCCAUUAUGCUUUUGUGCCAAUUAGUGAAUGUGUGUAAAGUGCAGACACUAAUGCAUACUCCCACAUGGUAGCUCGAGAAAGGGGACAUUUUUUGCCACAAGGUUUUCUUUCAGCCGGAUACCAUUUUCUCUCCACAAGCUGAAUAAAGCACUUAGAAAAAGGCCAGAUAUUACACUGAAUGCACUUUUCCAAUAUUAGGGGUCUCGGUACAGUAUAAAUCAGAUUAAUCUUAACUAGAUUGGGGUAAUUGGAUAUAAUUAUUGGUCUUUAAUAAGCUUCUUUCCUGGUCUAAAUUAAGUUCUUAUUAAAUCAAUGUUAUGUUUUAUGUCUCCUGCUUACUGAGAGGAAUUCCAUGUCUGCCAUAUGUUGUAUGAAAAAACUGUCAGUUGUUAUAUUUUUACUUUCCUCCUCCAACUUGCUGUUUGUGUUUCUUUGUGUUAAGCUGUCGGGAGGCUUAAUUAAAGAGCAGUUUAUAGGGAUCAGUGAAAAAGACAGAUUAAUAUUAGUGUAUUGAGGAAAUAAGUGCAAUUGUGGGUUUUUUUUUUUUUACACUCCAUGGCAGAGAAGGGGGGGGGGGUUGUCUUUCCCCUAAAACAGGCCUGAGCUGUGAUCCCCACAGCAACUGUCCCAUUUAAGGCGCUAAAAAGAAUGAAUUUGUGACGGCAAAUUCCUUCGGUGGAUUGAAGCCAGACUGUAUGUUUUCUACAAGCUGUAUUCGGACUGCCUGGGGAGUUGGUGGCCUAGAGAUCUCUGCUCUGCAUAUUUAAGAGUUUGAAAGAAAUGUGUCAUUAGCUGCUGCUCAUGGACUCCUUUUGUUUUUAUUCUCACCCUUACAGAAGGUAAAUAAUGAAGGAUUAUUUGGGAUGUGGCAAUAUGUACAGGGACCAUGCCUUCACCUGCAAGCCUUUUCCACGUAUUAAGCCCAGACAUAUGAAUUGUAAUCUUUUGCCCCUAAGCUGCAAAGAGAGAUUAAUAACCAUGUACCACAAUAGAACUUGAGGCCAAUGCUGGGAUCUUCACCUUUCCUCUCCACACUCCAUCAUCCUAAAAACACCAGAGACAUUCCUUGAAAACAAAGAAAGAGGAAAAUAUUGUGCAAUGUGGAAUAGCUUUGGAGGCUGAACUCCAAGAUAAACACUGUCAAUAAUUGUUUAAGGAUCUGUUUCAUAAUUUAUUAAAUCUCCCUGUUAAAUUCUCUUUACGUAUGACAUGACAAGAAUGAUCUUUUGAAGUAUGUGUGUAUGUGAAUAGUGAUCAAAACUGAUGAAGUGGGAAAAUGCUGUUUAAUCUCUUGCUGAAUUUGUCACCUGUGCUCCGUUCCAUUGACAUAGUCAGACUGUGAUUAUACAAACUUGUAGAUAUGAUGUGAUGUAAAUGGUAAAUUGUUUUUAAAGAUACCAAACUGGAUUCCUUUCUGUAAAUAUGCUUACAGGAAUUAAAAAAGAAGAAGAAAA